AUGAGUAGUGAUUCUGAGUUGAAGGAUUUGAUAGAGUCUUCAGAGGAAGAAUAUUCUUCUUCAGAAAGUGAAUCGGAAGAUGAUUCACUGGAUUGUGUUAGAAAUUGGUGCAAACUUGAUUCGACAUCUGCACCGAUGAGCUCUCCACAAUUUCAAUUUACUGGAAAUCCUGGAAUAAAGCAUGUAGUGGGAGAUUUGGAAGAUCCUUUGGAGUAUUUAAAUUUAUUUUUCGACAGAGACAUUGUUUCGUUCAUUGUGUCCGAAACCAACGAAUAUGCUGCAGAUUUUUUUGAAAAUUCUGAACUUACUCCUGGAUCGAGAGCUUUAUCCUGGCAGUAUACCAAUGAGGAUGAAAUGAAAAAAUUUAUAUCGUUGUUGUUACUGCAGAGAGUAGUACAGAAACCUGUAGAAAAAUGGUUUUGGUCUAAAAGACCAUCAAUAUAUACCCCAUUUUUCGGGAAAAUUAUGACCGAAAAAAGGUAUGGUCUCAUCAUGAAAUUUUUGCAUUUUGAGAAUGAUUCAUCAAAUUUUAACACCAGCAACCAUCCAAAUCCAAAGCUUAGAAAAAUUUAUGACUUACACGACAAAAUUGUGCAUAGAUUUAAGCCUGUUUACAUUCCGGAACAAAAUAUAUCAAUAGGUGAGUCUCUGAUAGCAUUCAAGGGGCGCCUAGCGUGGAAACAAUACAUUCCAAGCAAAAGAGCUCGCUUUGGGAUUAAACUGUACCAGCUUUGUGAAUCUCAGAGCUUUUAUAUAUGGAAUUCCGUUAUUUACACAGGAAAAGGUACAGCAUUUAAUUCCGAGUUUCAUGAUUUUGGACUGUCCAUCAAAAGUGUUCUUUCUUUGCUUAGUGAUCUUACUGGGAAGGGUUACUGCUUAACAACGGACAAUUUCUAUUUAUCUCCCGAGCUAGCGGAAAUCCUCAUACAGGAAAAAACUGAUAUUUGUGGACCCAUGAAAUCGAACAGAAAAGGACUGCCUCCUUUGCUGAAGACCACAGAACUAAAAAAAGGUGAAAUCACAGCCUUUCAAAAAGGAAAAAUUUGCGUGAUGAAAUGGAAGGACAAAAAGCCGAUAAUCAUGCUUAGUACACUCCAUAACAGUGAAAUGGUUCAAGUGCAGCCCAAACAUACAAAAUCUACUGCCAUAUUUAAACCAAAGGCAGUAGUUUCUUAUAACAAUACAAUGGGAGGAGUUGACCGAUCUGAUCAGUGUAUUUCAUAUUACCCUGUGGUUAGGAAUCGGCAACCCUUAUGGUGA